AUGCCAUAUAGCACCCUCAGGACCCGGCCUUUGAGGUAUCUUUCUACUGUCUCCUCUCAAAGUCUCGGUUCAGCCCGUUUAACACGGAUUCUCCCGCAGAGUCGCCGGUAUUCGAGCAACGAUGCAGCCUACGACGCAACUCUGAGCAACCUCAAAAUAGGUGGCCAUACCAGGAUUAUCUUCCAAGGGUUUACAGGGAGGCAAGCCACCGCAAAUGCUCGUGAAUCUAUAGCAUGGGGCACCAAAAUAGUCGGGGGCGUGACACCGGGUCGAGACGGAGAACACUUAGGCUUGCCAGUCUAUCCUACAGUCCGCGGUGCUGUAGAUGAACUUAAACCAGAUGCAACGGCCGUCUACGUAGCCGCAAAAGAUGCUGUCAACGCCAUCGAGGAGGCCAUCAAAGCCGAAGUACCACUCAUCGUUGCCGUGGCCGAACAUAUACCUGUUCAUGAUAUGCUUCGGAUUAUGUCCAUGUUAAAAACACAAAGCGUAUGUCGAUUAGUUGGCGCCAACUCACCUGGCAUCAUCUCGGUCACUGGAAAAUGCAGAAUUGGUUUCCAACCACUACCGUGUUUUAAACCAGGACGAGUAGGAAUUGUGGCAAGAUCAGGGACGUUGAGCUAUGAGGCCGCUGCCUCCACCUUUAGAUCCGGGCUGGGCCAGAGUAUGUGUAUAGGCGUCGGUGGUGAUAUUGUACCAGGAACGACUUUAAAGGAAGGUUUACAGAUCCUCAUCGAAGAUAAGGACACAGAUGCCAUUGCAUUAAUAGGAGAAAUUGGAGGGGAUGCUGAGCUCGACGCUGCUGACUUGGUUAGGAGACACCUAAAACAGUCUGCAAAUCCGAAACCAGUUGCAGCCCUCGUUGGAGGAGUCAACGCUCCCUCGGGACGAAUCAUGGGCCAUUCUGGAGCAUUUUCUCUCCCUGGUGACCCAUCAGCUCGAACCAAAAUUGAUGCCUUGAAGGCAGCUGGAGCAGUCAUAGUGAAUCACCCUUCCAGAUUCGGGCCAGUAUUAAAAUCUAUUCUAGAUAGCACAACAACCGCUGGUGCUGGUGCCACUCCAGGCCAGGGCCCUCAGCGAAGAGAAAUGCACACCUUAGCUCGUCGACCUACUUUAACCCGACACACAUCAUGCCAAGAGCUCGAAUUUCAAAGGCGGAGUAUAUACCUACCCCAGGAAGCUUGCUUGGCGUAUCUGCGCGAGCGCGAAAUCCCCAUCUCUUAUGGAGUUGAUCCGGAUUCCCAGAAGAUGCUCGCAAUAACCAUCAACAGAUCGACCAGAAGGCCUUGUGUGAUCGCCUCCCCGACAAGACACAUAUCCGACGUAAGAAAAUUUGACUUUACCUAUGGCCUCCCAAAAGCAGAUGACAUGCCACUGGAAGGUAUAGUCAGGCACCUCCAACUUGACCCAAAGUCCGGCGAUUCCUUGAGAUCCCUGAUAGACGAACUCAUAAUGCUUUUCAUAGGCAAGGAAUUCUUCCUCGUACAAACCUGGAUCACCGAAGCUCCUCGCGCCAGUAAGAAGAUCCUGGUCACAGGGGCGCACUACGGUUUUGAUACCGCUUCGGCCAAAAGUUGUGGGCGGCACAUGGAUGUCCUAGAGCUUCGCAAUACAAGCGCCGAAGACCCGGACGAACUUGCCGCUGAGAAGGAGGGGAUUGUGUAUAUCAAGCUUAAGGACGGUAAUAUCGGCACUCUAGUUAACGGUGCGGGGUUGGCUAUGAACACAGUGGACGCGCUGGCCGAGGUAGGAGGCCGCGCGGCGAAUUUCUUGGAUACGGGUGGAAAGGCGACGAGUUUAACGGUGAAGAAGAGCUUUGAGUUCAUAUUAAAGGACUCAAGAGUCAAGUGUAUAUUCGUCAACAUCUUUGGCGGUCUGACACGCGGCGAUAUGAUCGCGGAAGGUGUGAUCAUGGCGUUUAAGGAGUUGAAGAUGAAGGUGCCGGUUGUGGUGCGAAUCCGUGGAACGAAUGAGAAGGAAGGACAAGAUAUCAUCGCCCAGAGCGGGUUGCCGUUGUUCGCUUUUGACGAUUUUGAUGAGGCUGCUGCUAAGGCUGUCGAGUUGACUCAAGGUGAUAUUGUCAACUCAUAG